ACACGGGGCGCGGGUCGCCUCGCGUAUAAGCGAACAGCAGAGGCGAACCACGAGGAAGCUGACCACCAAGGAAGAGGCCAACUUUCAGUGCGACGUCAAGGGGUGUGGCAAGUUCUUCAGCCGUAGCUACAACUUCAAGGCGCACAUGGAGACACACCGCGAGACGCGCGAGUAUCCCUUCCCCUGUCAAGUUGGAGACUGCAACAAAAGGUUCGUGCGCAAGACGGAUCUGCAGAGGCACCACCAGAGUGUGCACAUGAAGGAGCGUAAACACGGCUGUGAGUACUGUGGACGAAUGUUCGCCCGCAGAGAUACUCUCAAUAGGCAUAAGACGGAUGGCUGUCACAAAAGAUUCGAUAUAGGGACAAUGGACCUGCGUGCAGAAGCCCAGGAUGAGAGGGGUCUUUUCCCACUACCAAACCUUCCACCCCUGGCAAUACCACCUCUGGGCUCUCAGCACACCUCAGUCCCGUCAUUACGCGGACAGGAAUCGAGCGAAAUGGGUUCGGCCUCUCCUUGGAACAGAUAGGUGCGCAAGCGGCCAUGCACACUCGAGGCACCUACCAACUACAAAUAUGGGUUGUCUUUGAUGGACACUCAUC